CAUCUGCUUCUUCAGUGUGAGCCUUCAACAUGUUGACUCUGCAAUUCUUCUUGGGGGCUUCCCUCUGGGCUCUGCUGAUUGUGGACAUGUGCUGCGGCCCUGUCAAGAAAGGCUUUAAUCCUGGUGCAUCCUCUCGUGGGAGUUACAUGUAUCCAAGUCCUCACUCUAACCAGAGGGUGCCUUCCAGCCUGUAUUCACCUGGAAAUGUGCCUGAAGGUGCUUAUCCUGAGGAAGAUGCUGCACCAUCUUUGCCUAUGUCAGAACCGGAGCCUGAGCUAGCUGCAUCUGCUGGCUCUGGUUCUUCUUCCAGACCUGUUCAGUUCACAGGCAGUGCAGCGAGGAGAAAUCCUGCAGGCCCAACACAGUCAGGAGCUGGAGUUCAAUCUGCCCCAAAAGAGAUCAACUGGCUUGUUGCACCUCCUGUCUUUGGUGAUGAGGAAACCCCAGAUGUUGAAUCCAGCAGUGAAAUUUACGUGAGUCCCCCUCUUCGACCAGCGUACCAGGCAGGGGAGCUGUCCCAUUAUGAAAAAAGCACUGAGAGCGGCAACUACCAGUCGGAGACUGAGGAGCAAGCCUCCCUGCCACCACCUCCUGAACCAAAGUAUGCUUACAUGAUUCCUCUCCCUCGGGAUGAAUCUCGUGAAGAAAGCUACAUCAGCCCACCGCAGCCAGGCAUUGGACCUGCUAGAGGCUGGAUCGUUUAUCCUUACUAUGACUACAGGUUCCUGACUGGCAACUAUCCAACUGGCACAUUCAGUCAGUUCAGUAGCAGCUUUGAGCAGGGGAAUGACAACUGGAAAGAUGCUCACUAUGUGAGAGAUUACCUUCCCUACCGUGCUCCCUCACAGCUAGUCAACACUCCCACUGAGUUUGAAGCCCCUCUGACCACUGAGGCUCUUAAGGCUCCUGCAAAGGGUGUCUCUAAACGUGGUGGUGCAGCAGCAGCUGUCCGAUCCGCUUCUUCCCGUAAAACUGCCAUGCGACCACCUUUUGAAAGAUAUGGUUAGGAUUGUCUAACCCAGUCAAGUAUGGUUAAGAGGUGGAUCCCUCCAGCAGGAUUUCACAGAAUUCAAUAAAAGACCUUUUCAUAUA